AUGGACAACGAAGCAGCAACCGGACAGCCCAAAAGCCACUCGAAAACAGGUGUCACGUUCCGUGCUGCACAUCUGGAUGUUAUGGUAGACCUCAAUAAUCCCCGUCCUCCGGUCAGCGAAACAUUUUAUUCUCUCCGCCAGCAAGUCAACACUACGUGGCAUGAACUCGAAGCAGCGGAAGGCCAUCUUGUUGCCCUCGAUGACACAAUCGACGCAGAAAUGUUAAGCUACGUUUCGGCAAACCAAAAAGCCACCAUGCAACAAGUAUGGGCAGAGAGGUAUCGCAUCACUAUCCAAAAGUAUGCGCCGGCGAUUGAUGAGGCAGAAAAGUGUUGUAGCGAGCUCACGGGCGGUAUUCAGGCCUUAGAAAAGGCAGCACAUGGAGAAUCGCAGACGCUGGAGGGACAGGCCACUUUGGAGAUUGAUAUUGAUGUGAUGAGAAAUUGCUUGGAUACGACUAAGAACAUUAUUGAAGCAGGAAGAGCUCAGCUGGAGCAAGCGAGGUCGAGACCGGCAGGCACAUGA